AUGCAUUCGUUCUGGAGUAAAAUAUGGGAAGAGGAUAAGAAGCAUGAUGACCGGGCACACUGGAUUAGGGAUGCAGAAGCAGAAUCUGCUAAGUUCCAAAUGGAAGACAUUAACAUCACCACGGAACACAUAAGAACAGCAUUGAAGAAGACGAACAACUGGUCUUCCCCAGGUGUGGAUAAAAUCCAAAACUAUUGGUGGAAACAUUUCACGGCCUCACACGAACACCUCGCAAGGCUUUUCCGGGAAACCCUCACAGACCCCACAAGGAUACCCGAAUUCUUCACGCUCGGAGUCACGCACAUGUUGCCAAAGGGAAUUAACACCACAGACCCCAAAAAAUACCGGCCCAUCACCUGCCUACCAACCAUUUACAAGAUCUUAACAGGGGUACUAACCAGCCACAUCUGGCAACAUGUGAAUAAGAACAACAUAAUGGAGCAGGAACAGAAUGGCUGCCGUGGAAACUCCCGAGGAUGCAAGGAGCUCCUGAUCACCGACCUCAUAGUAACUAGGCAAGCCAAGAAGAAGCAAAGGAACAUUUCGAUGGCGUGGGUUGACUACCAGAAGGCCUUUGACUCGGUACCCCACACUUGGCUUAUAAAAACGUUACAAUUGUAUGGAAUAUCGAGGCCCAUCAUCAACCUCUUGGAGCAUCUGAUGAAGACAUGGCGCACGCAGCUGGUGGUGAACACCAAACAAGAGAAUUAUAAGACCGCCGUAAUCAGAAUCAGGAGAGGUAUUUUCCAAGGGGAUACUUUGAGUCCCCUUUGGUUCUGUUUAGCACUGAACCCCCUGAGUAGACUACUAAAAAACCAGAUAUACGGGUACAUUUUACAGAAGGCGAGGAAUAUAAAAAUUAACCACCAGUUCUAUGUAGAUGACCUGAAGCUCUAUGCUGCAAACGAAGAGCAGCUCAAGAAACAACUGAGAAUAGUGGCAGCGUUCUCAAAGGACAUUGGAAUGGAGCUCGGAAUAGACAAAUGCGCCGUGGUUCAUGUUAAGAGAGGCCGGGUACAAGAGGGCACAGGCUUAUCUGUGAUGGAAGACCUCACGAUCCCGCAACUGGGAAAACAAGAAUCCUAUAAGUAUCUCGGAGUGCAACAGGCUCUGGACAUUAAAACCACAGAAAUGAAGAAUACUUACAAAGAAAAGUUCCUCAACAGACUCAAGAAGGUACUCCAGAGUAGGUUGAACUCGAAGGCGAUGUUUGAGGCGGUGAACAUAUGGGCGAUACCUUGUAUUGCUUAUUCUUUUGGUGUGAUCAAGUGGUCAAACUCAGAGCUGAAAGAAAUUGACAAAAGAGCAAGGGCAUUACUUACCAAGCAGGGAAUCCACCAUCCCCACGCGUCCAUGAACAGGUUGUAUGUCCCAAGGCAUGAAGGGGGGAGAGGGCUGCAGAACCUAGAAAUAGUGCACGACAGAACAGUCCGCAGUAUGAGAGAGUACUUCCAAAAAAAGAACUCACCGUUCCAUCGAGCUGUAUGUCAAGAAGAUAACAACCUGAGUCCUCUGAAUUUGGCAGGCCACUUAGAACCAGCGCGACUAACCACCGAAAUGCUUAUACAGGAGUGGCAUAGUAAAGCUCUGCACGGAAGAUACCCUGGAUGCCUGAAAAAUAAUCAAGUUAAGAAAAAAGAGUCGCUUACUUACCUUACAGCCGGAUACCUGUUUCCUGAAACAGAGGGAAGAUUAAUAGCUAUACAGGAUCAAGUUGUCCCAACCAGAUCAUAUAUUAAGAAUAUCACCGGACGGAACAUACCAACAGACAAGUGCAGAAAAUGUUCCCAAGUUACCGAGUCGAUUCAACACGUUACAUCAUCGUGCUCUGUACUGGCCCCAGUGGACUACAUGCAGCGCCACAACGCGAUGGCAAAAGUAUAUCAUCAGGCCAUUGCCAAAAAAUACGGACUCAUAACUAAGACAGUGAAGCCCUUCGAAUACUGCCCUAACAACAUCCUGGAAAAUGAAGGAUAUAAAUUGUAUUGGGAUAACUUCAUUACAACCGACAGACCCAUACAACACAACAGGCCCGAUAUUCUGCUGUUCAAAAAGAAAGAGCGAACAAUAGAGAUCCUGGACGUCGCUAUACCGGCUGAUGACAAUAUCCAAAAAGCGUUCGUCGAAAAGCUGACGAAAUACCAUGACCUGGCGUUUGAGAUGAAAACCAUGUACGGCCUAAAAUCAACAUCCAUAGUGCCCUUAGUCAUGUCCACGAAUGGACUGGUGGAGACACACCUGGUGGACAAUACCCUGAAUCUAGGAUUGGACAAAGAGCUAGUGAGUACAGCUCAAAAGGAGGUCAUUCUAGCGAAUACCAAAAUAGUGAGGAAGUUCUUAACGUCCGUUUGA